UCCCAAGGAGAACCCUGCAAAGGGACGAGGUCGUGGAUCCGGGAUCCUCCGGUAAAAUCCGUCAAGUCAGUUCGGGUGAAGGACAGAGAGUAAAUGAAUGAGUGAUCAGUGAGAGGUUUUAUGUCACUGCUGUCAUCGUGCAUUCUGCACGGCUCCCGGUCUGUAACUCACACCAGAUCCUUCAAUCUGAGGAUCAGCGAGUGUUCAACCUGCUGUCUGUAUCUGAAUCUGGAUCCAGACAGGAGCGGGACUUCUUCUCACUGAUGGGAUGGAGGUGAAAGAUCCGUGAGGGCAACUCAGAAAUCAAGACUCGAGCAGCACCAUGUUAUCAGGACGGUAGGGUGGUCCCAUCAGUUUGCCAGGACAUAAAUGCUAAUGAGCUCAAGGCCUCGUCUGUCUGGCUCAGACAGAUUGCAGUACCGGGGGGAGACUGAGAAGAGGAAGCCAGGUGCUUUGGGAUCCGAGCCAAUGACCUGUACGAAGAGAGAGGCCGCGUAGAAGCUUGAUUAAAAUGGGGCUGCAGAUCUUCGUACCUGUUGACUGUGUGUCUGAGGGUCACUCACUCAGCCCACAGCCAUGCCAGACGUAAAGCCUCCACCACCAUGUGACUACCCCUCCACCUCCUCCGUUGCAGCCUCCGCCGGCUCUCCUGCUGGCUGCACCUCUCCCCUCAUCAUAGACAUGGAGCCUUGCUUCGCUAACCUCCCCCUGUCUCCUGACCCCUUAUCCUCCUUCCCUCGACACAGACCCAGUGUUCCUCACUACCCGGGCUUUCAGGGGCCUCCCUACCCGCUCAUGUCCAGGUGUAACAGCAGCACCCUGCUCACUAACCUGGGGCUGAGGUACUGCUCCAGCAGGCAAGGUCCUCUGGGGGUGGGUCCAGGUGAGGGGGUGGCCCCAGGCUCCUGCAUUCACACAGGAAGCAACGGCAGCAGGCCUUAUAGGAGUAUGGAGAACCUGAACUGGAACAAUGUGGCAGAUUCUGGCCUGUGUGCAUUCAGUGCUGCCCCCUACAGGAGCAUGGACAGUGAGUUCAUUUUACGCUACACCUCCUCGAGCCAGUGGUGUGGCGGGCCUCCAGAUGGAUCUGUGGUGGGGGCCCAUGGAAUAGUACCUAACCCAGAGAGCAUGGCGUUUUACCCCCGACAUGGGCUGCCCAGGAAGGACCUACCACUAUUCCCUCAGUUGCUGUUUCCGGGUGGCGUUGACGAAUGGGAAGCAAGGAAGGGCCUGAGGGAGAAACUCCGCCUCCAGAGUGCGAGGUCAUCAGUUGAGACUCUGAAGCCCCUUCCAUUGCGGCCUCAGGUGGCCCGAGGUGCUGCACCCAUUGAACAGGAAGGUGUACAUCACAUGAAUUCAACAGGUGCUGGGUCCAGACCAACGCGCAUCACCAGCCCCCAAGAGAUCAAGCAGGAGGUCUUGAGGCGCUUGCAGCUCCGGCGCCAAAACAGCAGUCCCAACCUGGCUCUCCACAGUUCGCCAUCCAGCCCGAGAGUGGUUAAGACAUCGUACACAACAGAUAACAUCGCGGGUAACAGGAGUGGAUCAGAUUCUGCAUCUGAGCGCAGCAGACCUCCUGUGGGACGCCUUCAUAUCCCUACGUUUGAGGAGUUUAAGAGGAUGAGGCAGAAAGAGGGAGAACAGAGCAAAGAGUCCACAGCCGGUUCUGUGGUGUCUGGAAAACCUGAGGCUGACUUGCCACAGGAAGCGGGAACAUCAAACAGUGAUUUACCUCCUUCGGAUCGGACCGUUCCUCAGUCGAACUCCGGUGGAGGAAACAGGGAGCAGCAAGAAGAAUCUGAGGGAGAAAUAAGCAGAAGUGAACGGACAGAAAACAGUGGUGAAGCCCUGCAGAUUGUCACCUCCUCUGAAAGACCUGUGAGCAGUAACAGCAUUGCUGCUCCCACCUCCCCUCUCAUUACCGGCACUUUCUCUCCAAUCCGCACCGGCCCAGCUCCACGUUCACCCCUGCAGCCCCUGGCCAACUCUGCCCAGGAGAAAGCCUCAGCUGCAUGCGGAGAUGAUGGGAGCAGCAGGCGAAGGAGGAGCCUGGAACCAGCUGGGUCGGUUCCCUUCCCGCCCAACAGGGAGAACUGGGAUCGGCCCUCAAGUUGCUGCCCAGCACUCCUUCUGGAGGGGACGGACCUGUCCAGCUACGGAGCCAAGAUCUAUAAGAUGAAGGAUGGCCUUAUCGGCUCUGCACUGGACCUCAUUAAGAAAAGCUGCAGUGCAGAGAUCUCAGCCGAGGCCCCCGUCAGGCUGUCAGGUGACCGGGACGGAGGCUGUGACAUCACCGCCCCCUCGACUGACUGUCAGCCCUCCGCCGUUGCCAUGGCAACGUCGGCAACGGCCUGCGGAGCCGAGGCUGGCGACGAGACGCCUGCAGGAGGAGGAGGAGGAGGAGGAAGAGAGGAAGCAGGAGAAUGCCAGCACACCGGUCUGGGCUGCAGGCGCUCCAGCUCGGACGCAGCCUAUGAGCUGGCUGAGACGGUGAGGGCGCAACGCGAGUGCCGUCUCCGGCCCCACUACAGCGACCCCAUGCCAGCAGACGCCUCAAAGCGCAAACAGCUGGAGAUGAAGAUCGCUGCCGCCGCCCGACUCCACAGCCACCGCAGGGACCGCGACAGAGACCGAGACAGAGACAGUGCUCCGGCAGCCAUUCGUGGUCGCUCUGAGCCCCCUGGUGAGGAGCGCCAGGCGGGUCUCGGCGUGACUCGGUCCGGGCAGCAUCGCUGGAGCACCAUCAGCAGCCUGAGUGCCGACAGUGGAGUGGUGGGCCUCAGUGAUGAGCGGGAGGAGGAAGACAGUGAGCCUCGCCGGUACCGCAGAACCCGGGGAGCCGAGGUGGAAAGGGUAGACAGCGGCAUUGGCCCGGGUCUUUCCCGCACCUGGAAGAGACCAUCUGCCUCCCUCAGAGCCUGGGAGGCCCAAAGACCCUGUCCAGACUGUGGACUGAGGGACGGGGCCUCCAAAGAGCGAGGAGAGCGUAUGUGUGAACGUUGCUCCAAGCUGCGCACAGAGCGCAAAGAAGCCAUCUUGGAGUUUUUGAACACAGAGUCAAGCUACGGCGAGGACCUGCGGAUCAUCAAGGAGGAGUUUUACUGCCCCAUGCAGAGUGCUGGGCUGCUGACAGCUGAGCAGCUCACUGUGGUGUUUGGUAACGUUCAAGAGCUGAUAGACGUCAACGACCGCUUCACUGAACACCUGCAGGACAGCAUCGACCAGGCCUUUGACCAGGGAGAUGACGAUCUACUGACAGUGUACAUAGGAGAAAUUUUUCUGGAGUUCGUCAACAUGCUGCCUGCCUUCCAGACCUACUGCCUGCAGCAGUCUACCUCGGUCAACAUGCUCAACACACUGGAGAAAGAAAAAGAACUGCUCAGAAUCUUCCUGGAUGUUUCCCAGAAUGACAACACAGCACUGCGUCGUAUGAACUUGCGGUCCUUCCUCAUGGCACCCCUCCAACGUGUAACUAAAUACCCCCUUCUAUUGAGCCGAAUCAUAAAGGUCACUCCUGAAUGUCACCCCGACUAUUCCCGUCUCCGUGAGGCCAAGAGUCGUGUGGAAUCCCAUCUGGAGCACAUCAACAUGAAGACCAAGCAGGAGGGCAAUGGUGUCACCUGGUCCCUCCGUUCCUUCCGUCGCGACAGCCGCAAAAACCGGGAGGUCAUCAACAUUGAGAUGCGAGAGGUGUCGAUGAAGACGGUGGGCUGGGCCAGAGAGAACACACGAUUCGUCAUGGAAGGACCCCUCCAGUUGUCACAGCCAGCAGAUGGUCAGUGGGUGAAGAAAGGCAGUAAGGCCCUCAAGUUCCAAAAUGUCCAGAGUCUGCUGAUGGUGAGGACACAGCGGGUCGGCGAAGCCCUAGGGCAGGGCACUGACCUGGGGGCGCGGGGGGAUCAGGUGGAAGGCGGUGCAGAUGGUAUUCGAGAUGGAGUGCUAGUUCUAAUCAAGGACAAGAGCAGCGGAAAAUUCACAGUGCUGAGAGAGCCCAUCCGUCUGGGAAACUGUGUGGUGUCAACAGAUCCGGACUGCGAGGACACAUUCGAGGUGCUCGAUAUUCGGCGGGAGUCUUUCGUUUUCCGUGCAUCAGACAAAUCACGCACCCAGCAGUGGUUCCAUCAGAUUAAGAGAUACGCUCGAGACUUGGGCACCUGGAGGAAAAGACGCAAUGCUUUGCCCAACAUCAUGAUCAACACAAACCAGGGCCGCUCCUGAGACUGACCAACGCCCACCAAUGUGACACUGUAAAUAACCUUCUACUGCAAAAAUAGACUGACAACAAGAAGCAUUUCUGAGUGACACAACUGUUCUAACCAGUCAGAUUUCAGUAAAAGAAAAAAAUCUUUCUCAAAGUCUCAAAAGGGUAAGAGAAAGAUAGAGCACUUUUUUCUUACAAAGCUAUAAGUGCGUCAUACCGUCAUAAAAUUAUGGAUGGAAAUUUAAGUCGUUAAAAAAUAUCAGAUUAUUGGACAACCAAAAAAACUUGGGCUGUGCUCGUCAGCCUUGAUUGUAAAGACUGUUUGCUCUUUGAGAAAGAGAGCUAAGCUUUCAGUAAAUAAGGUGUGUCUGUUGCAAAGCAUGACUGAACGUGACUGACUGCAAAAAAGAAAAAUUGUAAUGUCCUUUUUAUACAAGACAGUGGGGAGGGGGGGUGCAUUUGUUUUUGGUACUAAGAGGAUGGAGACGUGGUCAAGAGCUUUGUUUAAUGGUUCCUGUUUGUUGUUACUGCCCUCUCCUGUCUGUGUGCCGCCCUCUACUGUACGUUUGACGGUAGAGCAACUUUCACUGCCAGAGAUGCAGCUGAGUAGAGCCUCUAUUACAGGCUGAACAGACCUCCUGUAUCACUGUGUUUAAAUGAGAACUCACAUAACAGCAAUAAUCUCUGCCAGUUCCAAAAGAAGUAGCUACUGUAUAUGCAUUUAAUUUCCCGAGAUUUACUUUGGCAUUCAGGAGUUCAUGCGUGAUGUUCUGGUCAAUCAUUGGACUUGAGAUAAUCUUAGUGCCAUGAAAGCAGUUUGUGAGAAGUCUAGUCGAUCUCAUUCGUCGUUAACAUCAUAUUAAAUAGGUCAGGUCAAACACUACAAUUUCCCCCACUGUUUGUUAAGUCUAGAGUUUUUCAACCUUGGGCUCAUGACUUCAUGUGUGAUCGAAGAGGCUGGGCUUUGGGACAGACUCAUAUUUGUCUGGUCUAUUUAUAGGGCUGCAACAAAGUUAACUGUGUUUAAUCGAUUAAUCCGAUUAAUCAUUUGGACUACAAAAUGUCUGGAAAUAGUGGAAAAAUCCCAGACCCCAGGGAAAGUAUUUUCAUCUUUUUUUGUUAUAGUCCAAACUUAUUUCAAGACCCUGAAAAUAGAAAGCAAAAAUAUGCUAUUUUAAAAUCAUAUGAUCCAUGAUAAAGUCAUAUCAGAAACUAUCUUUGGCUGCUGUGGUCAUGACAAUUGUGGCAUAAAGGUUGAAAAACCCUGGUUACUUGACGAAAACGCCUCAAAAAGUCGUCCCAACCAUCUCGUCGUGGCACAGUUUCAACUGUGUGUUAUGUGACCUAGCAAUGAGCUGUUGUGCCUUGGUACUUGAUUACUGUUAUGCUAAAAUGUACUGAAAUAUUUGCAAUCUGUCACAGUAGCAUUUAUCUCUGAGAUACUGACUAGACUGCCCUCUUUUGGCACUUGAUUGAGAUCCAUUUACAGGCAAUAUGAUUAACACCUCUGACAGUCCCUGGCUGCUAAUAAUGUGUGAUCACCUGAUCCUCUCUGAUUUAAGUGUGUUUUUAUUUAUGAAGGCUUUAUUUUGUUUAAUGCACUUUAUUCUGUAAUAGAAAGCUCCAGUAAAACUGCUGGUAAAACAUGUUACACAGUCUUGUUUAUUCACAAUUCUUCAUACCUUAGAAGGAACCUAGUUGACUGACGCAGAUUUUCGGUCAAUCCAGUCAUCAAACCAAAACCACUAUUUGAUGUUUUACGUUUGCUAUGAAGUAGCACCAGAAGAGGUAGCGAAUCACUGUGUUUUAGAGGGCAGGGCCACUCAACUCCACCCCAACACUCCAGUGUUGUUGGAGGACGCCGCUUCAGAUGAAGAAAAAAAAAAAAACAAAGCCUGCUGAGUUGCAUACAGAUUCUUUUGUUUUCCUCAUUUGCAUUUGAAAGACCUGAUGUAUUAUUUCCCCAAUGUAAUAUAUUGUGAAUUAUAUUAAAAGAUUUUAAACACAACCUUGCUUGCUGUAUUUUUCUGUGCCAUAUGCUCUUUUAUAAAGUCAGAUGAAGCUGGAGAUGUAGAACGUAGAAAUGUAUUUACAGUUAUUUUAAGCAUCUUUAGGACGACUGAUUCAAAAACAGGAAUACUCACAGUACAAGUGGAAUGCACUUAUCAGUCCAGGAAACACACAGGAUGGCGACAGUGAAUUAUUUCUAGAAAAUACAAUCCGGCUCCACUACGAUAUGAAGGCAAACAGAAGCAUGGAUUAUAGAAACAAACCACAUUUCCUGAAGGAAAACGGCAAACGUAUCACAUGCAGUACAUGACAUUCUGAACAUUUUGUAUGCACUCCUGGAUUUCCAGAUAAAAGCUUUAUCGCCCGACAACCGAAAUAUUCAAACAGCUUAACGGACAUACUCAUUGGCACAGUUCUGCAAGGCAGGAAAAAAAAA